AUGACGGCCCCGGGUGCAAGCCCCCUGGCGCCGCUGUUGGAGACUUUGGAAGACCCUUCCGCCCCCCUUGGAGAGCAGACCGACGCUUACCUGACUCUGACCAGUCGAAUGACUGGAGAAGAUGGAAAAGAAGUCAUUAUGGAAAUUGAGAGAAAACUUUCUCGGCUAUUCAGAGUUUUAAAAAUUCACAUUUCCAGUCAAAACUCAGACCUCAGUAGUGCUGCUCUACAGGCCUUGGGGUUUUGUUUGUAUAAUCCCAAAAUUACCUCAGGAUUAUCAGACACAGAUAUUGAAGAACUGCUUUUAAAAUUGAAUGAUAGUGUUAAGAGCUCAGACAAAAAUGUACGUACUAGGGCACUUUGGGUGAUAUCCAAGCAGACGUUUUCCACUGAAAUCAUUGGCAAAGUAGUAUCCACUAUAAUUGAUUCAUUAGAAAUAGUAUUUAAUAGAGGAGAGCUGCAUUCUGCUGUUGUUGAUUAUGAAGCAUUAAAUGUCAUCAUAAGGCUAAUUGAACAAGCCCCAGUUCAAAUGGGAGAAGAGUCAAUUAGGUGGGCAAAACUGGUCAUACCGUUAGUGGUUCAUUCAGCCCAAAAGGUACAUUUGAGAGGAGCAACUGCUUUAGAGAUGGGAAUGCCGUUGUUGCUUCAAAAACAACAAGAAAUAGCAUCUAUCACAGAGCAGCUUAUGACUACUAAAUUACUUUCAGAACUCCAAAAGCUAUUUAUGAGUAAGAAUGAGACUUACGUGUUAAAAUUGUGGCCUUUGUUUGUCAAACUUCUUGGGAAGACCUUGCAUCGAAGUGGGAGUUUCAUUAAUUCUCUAUUACAGCUGGAAGAACUAGGAUUUCGUAGUGGAGCACCCAUGAUUAAAAAAAUAGCAUUUAUUGCCUGGAAGAGUUUAAUAGAUAAUUUUGCUUUGAAUCCAGAAAUAUUAUGCAGUGCGAAAAGACUGAAGUUGUUAAUGCAGCCUUUGAGUUCCAUCCACGUGAGAACAGAAACUCUAGCACUAACAAAACUAGAAGUCUGGUGGUAUUUACUAAUGAGACUUGGACCUCAUCUUCCUGCUAAUUUUGAACAGGUGUGCGUGCCUCUGAUUCAGAGUACAAUAAGCAUCGAUUCUAAUGCUUUACCUCAAGGCAGUUCAUCUCGUGUAGCUACUUCUCCCGGUUUAAAUCCCAUGACUCCUAUACACAAAGGUGCUUCCCCAUAUGGAACUCCUGUAACUCCUCGGAUGAACUUAAGUUCAAAUUUUGGUGGAAUGGCCACAAUCCCCUCUAUUCAACUUUUGGGACUUGAAAUGCUGCUUCAUUUUUUGUUGGGUCCAGAAGUCUUGAGUUUUGCUAAGCAAAACAAACUUGUACUGAGCUUAGAGCCACUCGAACAUCCAUUAAUCAGCAGCUCUUCUUUUUUUUCCAAACAUGCAAGUACGCUUAUCACUGCUGUUCAUGAUAGCUUUGUUGCGGUUGGAAAAGAUGCUUCUGAGGCAGUUGUCAAUGCUAUUUGGAAGGAACUAAUUAGCUUGAUGAAAUCAAUCAUUGAAUCAGGUAACAAAAAAGAGAGACCAGGUUCUGAAGUUUUGACCCUCUUACUAAAAUCGUUAGAAAGCAUAGUAAAGUCAGAAGUAUUUCCUGUAUCAAAAACAUUGGUCCUCAUGGAAAUUACAAUUAAAGGACUGCCCCAGAAAGUAUUAGGUUCACCAGCAUAUCAGGUUGCUAAUAUGGAUAUUCUUAAUGGGACUCCUGCUUUGUUCUUAAUUCAGUUAAUUUUCAACAAUAAUCUCCUGGAAUAUGGUGUAGAAGAUGAAAGGUUUUUUCUCAAUCUGGAAACACUUGUAGGCUGUGUCCUUUCUGGACCAACUUCACCACUAGCUUUCAGUGACUCUGUUUUAAAUGUUAUUAAUCAAAAUGCAAAGCUGUUGGAAAACAAGGAGCAUCUCUGGAGAAUGUGGAGUAUUAUAGUCACCCCACUAACUGAAUUGAUUAAUCAGACCAAUGAAGUGAAUCAAGGUGAUGCCUUAGAACAUAACUUUAGUGCCAUAUAUGGUGCAUUGACUUUACCAAUAAACCAUAUAUUUUCAGUACAGAAAUUUCCAGUGGCUACCAUGAAGACCUUACUUAGAACUUGGUCAGAAUUAUAUAGAGCAUUUGCCCGCUGUGCUGCUUUGGUGGCAACUGCAGAAGAGAAUUUGUGCUGUGAGGAACUUUCUUCCAAGAUUGUGUCCAGUUUAGAAGAUGCAGGCUUUUCAAAUUUGUUGCUCUUAGAUAGGAUCAUUCAUAUUAUUACUGUAAUGGUUGAUUGCAUUGACUUCUCACCAUAUAAUAUUAAAUAUCAGCCAAAAGUAAAAUCACCACAGAGACCUUCAGAUUGGUCCAAAAAGAAGAAAGAACCUUUAGGGAAAUUGGCUUCUUUAUUUAAACUUAUUGUGAAAGUGAUCUACUCUUUCCAUACUCUGAGCUUCAAGGAAGUACAUUCUGAUACUCUCCUCACUGUUGGCAACUCAGUCACCAGUAUUCUUUCCAAAGUACUUGGACGUAUUUCUUUGCCUUCUAUGAUCCGAAAAAUAUUUGCAACUUUAUCAAGACCUCUGGCAUUAUUUUAUGAAAACUCAAAGCUUGAUGAAGUUCCUAAAGUGUAUAGUUGUAUGAGCAACAAGUUAGAAAAGCUAUUAGGAGAGAUAAUUACUUGUCUGCACUUCAGCUACACUGGAACUUAUGACAGCGAACUUCUUGAACAGAUCUCUCCGUUAUUAUGCAUAAUAUUUUUGCACAAGAAUAAACAGAUUCGAAAACAGAGCGCUCAGUUCUGGAAUGCCACAUUUGCUAAAGUGACGAUGUUGACUUAUCCUGAAGAGUUAAAACCAAUAUUAAGACAAGCCAAACAGAAAUUUCUGCUCUUCUUGCCUGGUUUGGAAAAUGUUGAAUUUAUGGAGGAAUCCAGUGGCCCAUACUCAGAUGGAACAGAGAAUUCACAGUUAAAUAUGAAGAUAAGUGGCAUGGAAAGAAAAUCAAGUGGAAAAAGAGAUUCUUUUUUGGCACAAACAAAGGAUGCGAAAGAAAAUAUGAAACCACCAGGCCAAUUGAAAUUAGAGUCGCCUUCUCCAAAAACAAAGAGUGAAAUGCCUUUGGAAGAAGAAAAGUCUGUCGACUUUGUGUUUAUACCUUCCGAAGGAAAAGAAGCAAAGGAAAGAAUACUAACUGAACAUCAGAAAGAAGUACUCAAAACAAAGAGGUGCGAUAUUCCUGCCAUGUAUAAUAACCUGGAUGUUUCACAGGAUACUUUGUUUUCUCAGUAUACUCAUGAAGAGUCUUUGGAAGUUCCUACUUUAACUGAAAAAUCAAAGGAAGAUUCCAAGGUGAUAUUUAAGGAGGAACAAAUGGAGAGUGACAUUGUCAUUCCUCAAGAUGUCACAGAAAACUGUGGUAUGGAUGAACAUCCUGAAAAGGGUUCCCUUUCAAAUAAUGAGAGUGGUUCUAUUGAAGAAACCAGCCCAGACAUACUGAGCAGUAAUAAUGAUGCCAGAAAGAAAGCUUUAAUUUCAUCAACGAAAACACCAACUGAAUGUGCAUCUAGUGCAGAAAAUACUUUUGGUGUCAACAGUAGCUCAGUUUCUAAUGUCAUCAUUUCUGGAACUCCCCCACAGCCUACAAGUCGGAGGCAAACUUUUAUUACUUUGGAGAAGUUUGAUGGUUCAGAAAAUAGACCUUUUAGUGCAUCUCCCUUAAAUAAUAUGUCAUCAACUGUUACAGUGAAAAAUAACCAGGAAAACAUGAGUAAAACAGAUAUUCCAUCAAAAACAAAGAAAAGGGAAAUAGCUCUUGUAAAAUCUGACUCUGAAAAAAUAGUGCAUGGAAUUAAGAGAUCAAGCCGAAAGUCAAGUAAAGGUGAACAAACUGGGAAUAAAAGGUCUAAGCUCUUAAUGAGAUCUGAGCAGGAGAAAAAUACUCAGGAAUCUGUUGAUGGAAUGGUAGCCUUAGAAAAUAACCAACCUGGUUUGCUUAAUCAGACAGAAUGUAUGUUAGAUAAUAACCAUACUCAUCUCUCUGAAUCUGCAGUGGAGUAUGAGGAUAUGGUGCUUAAGCCAACAAUAGAAAAUGCAGUGUUAUUAGAAAACAGUACUGUAGAAGACAAAACAUUAGGAAUUAAUUUAGAAUCCAAAGAAAAUACACCCCCAACUGUAACACCAGCAGAUCAAAUAGUAGAUGAGGAUAGUACUAUUCAGAUAACUCCAAGCCAGAAAACCCUUAGACGAUCGUCAAGGCGACGUUCAGAAAUAGCAGAGCCCACCACUGACAGCCAAGAGAAAGAAAAUAAUCAAAAAAAAGAGAGACGUAAAGAAGAAGAAAAACCUCUUCAGAAGAGCCCAUUGCAGGUAAAAGAUGACUUGUUACUUAAGCAAAAACUGAUUUCUGAACAAACUGUGCAGGAAAAUGUAGAGAAAGGAACUAACUUACAUGAGAAGACUUUUGGGGAAACCAGCACUAAUGCUGAAAUUGAUGAAAGUAAAAGAAAGCUAGACCUUGAGAAUAUUAAAUCUGAGGGCGACGGUGCUCAGGACAUUGCAGAAAAGUCCUCUGAAAAACCAGUAAGUGGACGAACACGGUAUCAAACAAGAAGAGCAUCCCAAGGUUUACUAUCCAGCAUUGAAAACUCAGAAUCUGAUAGUUCUGAGGCAAAAGAAGAAGGUUCUAAAAAGAAGAGAUCUGGAAAAUGGAAAAACAAAAGCAGCGAUAGUGUUGACAUUGAAGAUCAAGAAGAGAAAGUGGUAAAACAAGAAUGUAUAAACAUUGAAAACCAGACACUUGAUUGUAAAGCAAAUUCUGACGUAGACAGAGACAUAAAAUCUCAGAUUUGUGAACAAAAAGAUGAGAGUAGUGUAACUCUUGAAGAUUCUACAGUAUCUUCAGAUUUAUUGCAGGUUUCUGAUGACGUAUCAAAUACUUAUGAGGGAAAAAUCAAAACCAACAAGUGUGCAGAAUAUUCUUUUUCAAACCCAUCAGUGCCAGAAUCAAAUCUCAGGACUAGAAAUGCCAGUAAGAGAUUACAAAAACGAGAUUCUGUAGAAAAUAACAGUGUGGGAGAAUCUUCAAAAAUAGGGACAUCAGACAUGUCUUUGCUUUCUGAAAAAUCUUCUCAAACACUUGAAUGCCAACAUAAGAGAAGUAGGAGGGUAAGGCGAUCUAAAAGUUGUGAGUGCUGUGGAGAAAAAUCACAACCUCAGGAAAAGUCACUCAUUGGGUUAAAGAAUAUGGAAAAUUACGAUGUAAAGGUCACUGAAACAAAAAAGACAGACAUGCAAACAGCUGUACCUGUAUCAGAAACUUCUAAAGUUAAUCUGUACUCGGAGGUAAAACUUUCAGAUGAGCAUCAUGCUGUGAAUUUUCAUUUGGGUCUCAAGGAGGAGAAUGAUACUGUUAAUGAUUCGUUAGUCCUAUCUGAGACUGAGUUCAAAAAAGAUACUGUCCAAAACCCUCUUCCUUCCGAAGUAGUGAAUUUUGAACAAGAAACUUGUGAUACGAAUUCUGCAGAAGCAACAUCUCUUGAGAGCCAAGGGCCGUCCAAUAAAAAGUGUAAAACUGUUGGCCCAUCUUUAGAUGAUUCCAGAGAUAAUUCACUGGAAUAUUCUACUUUGGAGAUUAACAAAGAAAAGCCAGAGGCUGUCCUGGAGAAGGAACUAACAAUAGAGAACAUUGCCAGUGUUGAAACAAAUGCAUGUGAAGCUGAAGCAAUAUUUAAUCCAGAAGUAGUAGAAGCUGUUGAAUUGGAUACAGAAAGUGAUCAAUCUGAAGCAGGCUUAUCUGAACAAAAGGAUGCCAAAACUGUUGUUUUUGAAGAAGAGGUAAUGGAGAUAAACAGUGAAAGAUGUGAUAACUCUGAAGCAGAGGCAGCUGAAGAACCGAAUGCCGAAGAAACAGUAACUAAAGAAUUUAAUUCUGGUAUUGGUUAUUCUGAUGAUACCACACCUGUAAAAGUGAGUGCUCAGGCAGAGAUACCUGAACAAACAGCAGUUGGGGAAUUAGAUGAAGGAAGUGAUGAUUCUAGUCCAAACUCAUCUGAAGAAAUGAAUGCUAAAAUGGAAAAUUAUGAAGAGACAGUGAUUAGUGAGGUAAAUGCUGAAGCUGACCAAGUCAGUGAAACAGAGGAUGGGGACUUGACUACUAAAAUAUCUACUAAGCUUGUACAGGCCAAUACAAAGACAUUGACUAUGGGAAUCGACAGCUUUGUUUUCAAUACACUUGAGAUGAGUAUUGAAGAAGGAAAGGUGGACUCUAAUAAAACUGAAGCAAAUAUUGAACUUAGUAAGUCUGAAGAAACAUUAGAUGACAAUCAAAUGGUAGAAGGGAAUGAUGAAAUUUUACAAGAAGUUCACCCUACUUCAGAGAAAGUGGAGGAAACCUCACAGUCUCUGACAUCCGAAACAGCCAUCUCCGAACUAAUAACAGAAGACAAUAAUGCAUCUCCUCAAAAAUUAAGGGAACUUGAUCCUUUACUUCUAUCAGCAAAUGGCAGUCCUAGUGGCAUGCAGACACGCUGUGUCUGGUCUCCUUUGGCUUCUCCAUCCACCAGCAUUUUAAAGAGAGGAUUAAAAAGACCACAUGAAGAUGAGAUAUCAUCACCUGUUCACAAGGUUCGCCGUGUCUCCUUUGCAGAUCCAAUUUACCAAGCAGGAUUGGCAGAUGACAUUGAUAGGCGAUGCUCUAUCGUUAGAUCCCAUUCUUCAAAUAAUUCUCCCACAGUAAAAAGUGUUAAAACUUCACUUACACAAUCUAAGCAUAAUGCCACUUCAACCAAAGGAUUUCUGUCCUCAGGAUCACGUAGCCCUAAAUUUAAGAGCUCAAAGAAGUGUUUAAUUACAGAAAUGGCUAAAGAACCUGUGCCAUGUCCAGCAGAAAGUGUUUACCCAGCUUUGGUGAACUGUGUGGCUCCAGUUGAUAUCAUUUUACCUCAGAUUACAUCAAAUAUAUGGGCAAGAGGACUGGGACAGCUCAUUAGAGCUAAGAAUAUAAAAACAAUUGGUGAUUUGAGUACUCUUACAGCAUCUGAAAUAAAAACUCUUCCUAUCCGUUCUCCAAAAGUGUCCAAUGUAAAAAAGGCUCUCAGAAUUUAUCAUGAGCAACAGGUAAAGUCUCGUGGACUAGAAGAGGUACCAGUUUUUGAUAUUUCUGAAAAAACAAUAAAUGGAAUACAAACUAAAUCUCUCCCUUCUGAUGAAGAAAGACUUGCCUCAGAUUUAAUUGAUCCUGUUGCUUUAGAAACUUCAUUACCUAAAAAUCUUAUGGCACAGAUUAGUGCACUUGCUGUUCAACUGGAUUCAGAAGAUCUCCAUAAUUAUUCAGGAAGCCAGCUGUUUGAAAUGCAUGAGAAACUUGGUAGCAUGGCAAACUCAAUAAUAAAAAAUUUGCAGUCACGCUGGAGGUCACCAGCCCAUGAAAAUUCCAUUUAG